UUUUUGAGUGGUAGUAAUAAGUUUAUAAGCGGUAGUAGACGAAAUAAUUUCGUGUAGGCGAUGCGAACUCUUCUUUCACCAAUAUGUCAACGCACGUAAAGGACGACGAAAACGCGUCUUUUGAUGUGUUUUCCGCGUUCAAAUUUACACCAUUGACUACUGGAAUUCCUAUUUCACUUGGUACCAAUGUCGCGUUGACCCCAUCUUCUCGUAUUCCAAACGAACCUUUAGAGUUAAAUAAAUCUGAAAUGGAACAAAUGACGCGUUACCUUGACCAUUUAAAUUGCAAAAACGAAUCUUCUUUGAAUCCUGAGGAGUCUAAGUUUUACGAAGAAAGCCUAAGAACUAUCCUCAAAGAAGACGAUUUAGAAAAUCAAACAAUUAAACUGAUUGGUACCAAUUCACAGAGGCCCACCCUUCAACAGAAGUCGUCCGCCCUUUUUAUCCCCCCUAUCCUCCAAUCACUCAGUCCUCCAUGCAAUGUACAAUUAGAAACGCCUUUAAGAAGUACACCUUCGCUUUCAUCUGACACGAAUGUGUCAUUUGAUGUAUCAUUGCUUUCUUCCCCAAGUCGGACAUCUGAAAACAUUGUCGAACGAAAUACACACGUGAAAGAUGAGCCGCUUAAUCAACCCUCCAACGUCAGUGCACUGCACAAGCAAAAUGAUGCGCCUCAACUUCAUCGCCUGGAGGAUGAUAUUUCGCGACAAAAAGAAGAAUUGGACUCACUGCUAAGUACAUUGUCUACCGGAUUUCACUUAGAGCCACAAAAGAUUCCUCGAGAAAUGCGGCCAUUCUUUUUUGUGUAUCCGGAUACUAUGGGUCUCUCGUUAUCGAACUUCGCAUUAGACCGUCUAAUACUAAGUUUUAAUAGACUUCAACAAAUAACGAAGUUGGAAAGUGUAGUAACGGAAAAUGCAAUGGCAGAUUUAAAGUCAUUCUCCGAAGCUGGAUUACGAGCUUGGAAACCUCCUCACUUCAUGCCUCUUCAAAAUGUAGACGAAAUCAUGGAUGCUUUGGAAUCGUUGGAGCACAUCUUGAAGCUCAUUUAUUUUAUUGUAUUUAUUUUAAGCUACUUUCCUACUUAUGUUAAGCUCCAUGAUGAAACUACACUUUCAUUAAUUUUGGAAAAGACUUACUCCAUUGGUGAGGUUUUCAUUUCACAAGCUUUACAGUUUUAUAGUGUCGAUGGAGUACAGAAAAACCCAUCUCUUAAACCGAAAUUCUCAAUGGUCUUUGGAAAGUAUUCUGAUACACUCAUGAUGAUUGCCAAACUCUCGGAGUUGAUACCUUUCUCUGAAGCUAUUAUAGUUCGCACUGUUUUUUUAAGUGUUUUUCUCGUAACACUUGAAGCUCCAGCGAAGGAAAAUACUGUCACCAUACCAGCUAAUGCUGCUGACGUUAUUCAAUCUUCUGCGUUUGAGUGUUUGCAAUUGAUUUUUUCGACUUAUCCCUCUCAUCGUGAGUUCGUCUUACAAGAAGCACUGAUGAGUUUAACCACUUUACCUGCUUCACGUUCCCUUUUAAGAACAUAUAGACUCUCUUCCAGAAAACAGGUUCUACCAAUUUCAACGCUCUUGGUUAAGUUGAUACAGUCGACGUCUUUUGAAAUUAAUCGGUUUCUGGAGGACCUCAAUGUCCCCGUUGAAACUGUAGAAAAGUACGAGUCUAUGAAGAAUUAUUCCAAACUAAUAGAAUCCAUUGAUUCACGCUUGCUAAAAAGCCGCGAACUUGAAUAUAAGUUUGCUAAUCUCGCUGUCUCUUUUUUUCUCAAUAGGGCAAUGCAGCAAGCAAAAUCAGAUACUAACACAUUUAUGUCCGCUCUUACGCAUGCCAUUGUGGAGGAUUUGCUAAAUAUGUUAACCUUGCCAGAAUGGCCUUCAGUUGAAACUUUAGUGCGACAAUUUGCGUUUAAUUUGGUUAUCAUAAUUCUAAACGAACGCCAAACUGUGGCAGUUAGACGUUCAGCUUUAGAACUCUUGAGUAUCAUUGUGAACAAACUUAAUGAAACUUUCUCCGUGAAGCUUUACGAGAAAUACGGUUUUCAACCAUUUGAUAAUAAGGAUUCAGAGAAACCCCUAACCGAAGACCUAUUAAAUCAAAUCGAAAAGAUUGCAAAUGUAUGCAUCGCAUAUCAAUAUGAGCUAUCUUUUCGUUCGAGUUGUUAUCGGUACAAUUUUAUGUACUCUAGAAAUCUGUGGUUGCUUUACUUUCUUAGUUUAAAGCCAAACACUAGAGAUGAAGUUGUUAAAAAACAGCUGAUCACAUUUAUUUUACGCUAUUCCGCAAGUAACGGAAUGAAUGUAUUUAACUCCCCAAAUGACGAGCAGUUGAACGAUUUCUAUUUACUGUCACUUUACGGGAGUUCGUUGUACCAAAGUUUGCAGUCAUUCAUUUCUCUAAUUAUUGGCUUUAUAGAUAGCCCGCAAGCAAAUUUACGGACGAAAAGCCUUCGUAUUCUUAACCAUAUGAAUGAUUUACCAAAAAUAUUGCGCACUCAACCUGUCCUCUUAAACCAAGUUAUAGGAAAACUCAACGACAAUUCUGCUGUUGCGAGAGAAUUGGCUGUUGACCUUCUUGGGUCGUAUAUAUUGUCCAAUCCGGAUGCAUUACCCUCAAUAUAUGAGGUUAUUUCCCUUAGGACUAGUGAUGUCUCUACAGCUGUUCGAAAACGUGCUUUAAAAAACCUUCGAGACUUUCACAACCUUACUCAGGAUAAGGCAAUCCAUAACGACAUCUAUUUAAAGCUCCUUCUUCGACGGACUGAUCAAGAAGAAUCCAUUACUGUACUUUCCUUAAAAAUACUUGAAGACUUAUGGUUCGGUUCCAUACCGUUACAAGAAGGCUUCGGUGAUUUAACAUUUGAUGAUCUUAGUGUUGUCAGUAAAACGACAUUGAAUGCACAUUGCCGUUUUAUUACUAAUUUCUUCGCGGAAACUACUGGUGAUAUUCAAUUACGUAUCGUUGCAUCCAUUAAACAGAUGUUAGCUUCGAGCACUGAUGAAGGUCGUAUAGAACUAGAGUUCCGAUUGUCCAUGCUACUUGGCUCUCUGUUUUCUAGACUCAUGGAAAACCUUUACGUAGUAGAUUCUGAAAGCGCUUCAAAACAAGUUCGGGAGAUCUUAGCAACCCUAUACCUUUUUUCGCGAUCUACCCCAUCACUGUUUACCGAAAGCCAAGUUACAUUGCUAAAGUCUUAUCUCAAAGGCGCUUCUAAUCUAGAGGAACAGAGAAUGUGCUUUUAUGUUGUUGCUCUUUUGAGGCAAAUUCUUCCCUACCAACCAAGCAUUCCUGUUUCGUUUCUUCGUGAAGUCGAGACUGUCCUGCUUCAGCUUUUGCCAAAGGCAGGUACGUUUAUCCUUCGCGAACUCGUUCCCUGCUUAUGUUACCUUUUCGAAAAACUCAGCGAUCAUCAACGUCUUCAAAAAAUCUUGAAAUCCUGUCUUACAAAUCUGGGUACUAUUCCAGUUGACACCAAGCCGGAAAAGGUCUCAAGAAUUUUGGAUCUUUUAGGAUUGUUCGUCAAAUUCGGUGACUUCACUGACGCUUGCUUUAAUCCAUCUAAUUUGCUAUUGACUGCUAUUAAGGAUUCGUCGAUAUAUCUCUAUUUGAGCAAUGUUUUUCUGAAGUACUUAAGUUCGAAAAACAGCCAUACUGUGGAUUCCGCAAUGGAAUGCCUUAUGAAUGUUUGUUUAGCAAGUCCAUCAUUAUUCGUUAGCGAACGAGUGGUGCAGGUUCUUGAUACUAUAUUUAAAAACUUGGACAAAAAGAAAAUAUUUACCUUUUUCGCUGCCCUAAGAGAAAUCUUAUCUAUCGAUCAAGACAUUAUUCGGGAGGCGGACGCCAAACUAAACUCUAAGAACAAUAAGAAUAAGCAAGUGGAUUUGGAUGUCGCCGUUUUUAAGGGCCAUUAUGACAAUAUGCAAAAUGAAGGAGUCACGACCUGCCUUUCUCAACGUUACUUGAGCUACAUUUUACAGUUUACACUUUCAGAAGAUACAUCACUUUCCUCACAAGCGUUCGACAUACUGAAGUCGGUUGUUCAACAAGGACUCAUUAAUCCUAGAAUGUGCUUUCCUACUCUGUUAGCGCUUGAAGAAAGUCCGCAGCCGUUGUACCGAGACAUGGCAAUGAACCUCCAUUUAGAACUUAUUCAAAAACACGAAUCACUUUUGGAGGGUCUCUACAUUGAAGGAGUCAUGUCUUUAUACAAAUACCGGAAUCUGAAUAACCCAAGCAGUUUACUCCUUUACAAACACUCACCAUUGCAAAACAUAUACACAAUUGUUGCGCGCAGUAAAGGCACUAAAUCGCGUAAGCGAUUUAUUUGCAGAAUUGCUAAAAUGCUUGAACUGGACAGUACCCACUUAGUUGAAACUAGUGCUCAUCAAGCGGAGUUUUACACGUUCAUAUGCUAUGCUUUGGCAUUGUUGGAAUAUAUGGCUUACGAUGAAGUUUUAACCAUUAUUCACUAUGCGAAUGCGAUGUUAGCAACAAAUGGACCUUUCAUUAUUCAAUGGCUCCAAACUGUCGGGGAAGACACCGUAUCAAAGCAAGCUAAUGCUAUUAUGUUGUCUAACGUUAUACUAUUGAAACGGUACUUGACGUCCACUUAUGCCAUCAGUGAAACUCGGAUACAAAACUUUGACAUCUCCAAAAGCUUUCGCGACAUUAAGCUUCCUCCUCGCAAUCAAACAUUACUUCCUUCAUUCUGCGUUGUGGGAGAAGAAUAUGCAACGUUGUAUAAAAAGUGUAUUCAAUUGUUCGAAGAGGAAAACAUUGCAAAUGUUGUACCUGUUGACGAUGAGCAACCGUCUAAUAAACGAAAAAGUGCAUACUCUCAUUCUGCUACGAUUCCUGAUCACCUUGAUGCAAUGGACAUUUCGGAAGCAUCACCCGCGAAAUUGCGGAAACUGUAAUUUUACUCUGCAUCUCACCGACAUGAAACACCGUUAUGACUGCCUCUUAAAAUCCUUUGAUAUAUACACACAUAUAUACGCAAACUAGAACAUAUCAACCUUUAAAUAUUCAAUGACAAUUCACU